CAUCCUCGUGUUCUUCCGAAGAGAUCAACCCCACCAGAAAAUAAAUCUGUCAAAAAAAAAAGAGAGAGAGGAGAAAACCCUAGGCGCACCGAUCGAAGAGGAGUGCAUCGCCGGCGACGGGUACGUGUAUGCCUGCGGCGAUCCCCAGAGAAGGCCAAGACCGACGCCUCCUCGAGUGACGCUGCCGCUGCCACUCCUACUGCCGCCGAGCCCGAUCCGCUUCUGUACUGUGCUGACUGCUGAUAUGAGGGCCGCGCAGAUCGAUCCGUCCCUCGCCGCGCCGCCCAAGUCGCGGCUCAAGCGCCUCUUCGAGCGCCAGGUGCUGCGGGUCUCGCCGGCCGAGCGCCUCCCGUCGGCGCCUCCCGGUGGCGGGGAGAAGCAGGAUGAGGUGUCGGAGCCCAGCUCGCUGUGCCUGGACGGCAUGGUGCGGAGCUUCCUGGAGGACGGAGGCGGCGCCGCCGAGCGGGGAGCUGCUGCGCGGUGCUGCAACUGCUUCCACGCCGGCGACACGUCCGACGACGAGGACGGCCCCGCUGCAGCCGACGCCGCAGCCGCUGACAUCGCGGAGACCAUCAAGGGGCUCGUCCACUGCGCCAGCCUCCGGGAGCGGAACCUCCUAGCCGACGUCUCCACCCUGGUGGAGCGCCACCGCGCGUCAGGAGCCCGCAAGCGCGACCUCCUCCGCCUGCUUGCCGAGUCCCUCCGCGCAGCCGGCCACGACGCCGCGGUGUGCCUCUCCCGCUGGGACAAGUCGGCGUCCCACCCCGCCGGGGAGCACGCGUACCUGGACGUGCUCCUCCCGGCCGCGUCGGAGCGCGGCGAGCGCGAGCGCGUGCUGGUGGACGUCGACUUCCGGUCCGCGUUCGAGGUGGCGCGGCCCACCAAGGCGUACCGCGCCGUGCUGCAGCGUCUGCCGUCGGUGUUCGUCGGGCGGGACGAUCGCCUGCGCCUCCUGGUGGCGGCCGCCGCCGACGCGGCGCGCGCCAGCCUGAAGAAGCGCGGCCUCCACCUGCCGCCGUGGCGCAAGCUCGAGUACAUGCGCGCCAAGUGGCUGUCCCCGUACGAUCGCGAGGCUCCACCUCCGCCUGAGGCCACCACCGGUGAACUCGCCGGCAACGGCGAGGGAGGUGGGCCCAGUGCUUAAUCAUCACCGAGGUCGUUUUUGGAAUAAUUUUCUUUCUUUUUUGCUCUUUGUUCUUCGGGAAUUUGCAGUGUGGUCCUUGCGUGUACAGGGACUGGACGCAAAUGUCCUGCUUUGUUUUUUUUUCCACGCUUUCUUUUAUUCUUUCUUUCCUUUUCACCCUUUUGAUGGGUGUCUAUUCCCCGCGGCGUAGUAGUUGUAGUAAGUAGUGCCGGUAAUUAUGGAGGAGAGAAAAGGCACAAAAAAAUUGUAGCUUUAGUUUGAUGAUGAAGAGAUAAAAGAAAAAGGAGAUUCCGGACAGAGACCUGUCUGAUUCUUUUGGUCUCAAUCGUUGUUCCAGGCAGCGGAACCUGACAACGAACAAAGGAAACCAUGAUUUGUUGCUGUGAAUCCUGUA